AUGUCGCUCCACGACUUUCGCAGUCUCGGAAACGGCAUAUUCCUUUACACGCCUGUGGCUCAAAAAGGCGGCAAAGGACGUGAUCAACCGACGCUCAUUAUUCUCUGUACAUGGUUAGGCGGUGCGACAAGCAAACGAAUUCAGAAAUACACCGAGGGCUACCACAGAGCAUGGCCCAACUCGAGUAUCCUGCUCGUUCGGACCGUCGCGACUGAGUAUGCAUUCUUGAGCGAAAAGGCCCUCAUCCGAAAACUUCGGCCAGCACAAUGCGAGAUCAGGAGGAUCAUCGAGGGGACACAAGCCAACGACGUCCACCAGGCAGCAUCUCCAUCAGCAGCGGGUCUUCCAACAGGAAAAGAUCCAUCAGUGCUUCUGCACGUGUUCUCAAACGGCGGGGCGAACAUGGCCAUCCAGCUGGUCACGUCUAUGAAUAACAUCCUGGCGACUAUCGGCAGAGACACUCCUCUUGCCCUGAGGCAGAUCGUGUUCGACAGCUGCCCUGGCGAUCUAAGCGUAUACAACACAUACCUCGCCGCCUCGCACUCGAUCCCGCUUACGCAUCCUCUUCGACCUGUUCUCUGUGCUGCGCUCUAUCUUGUUGUGGCCGGCAUUGCCGGACUCGAGGGACUGGGAGUACGAAAACACCUGGCAAGGACGAUAAGGCAACAGCUCAACAGCCCAGACAUAUUUUCAUCGGCGGCGUUCAGGCUAUACCUUGCAUCGGAAGCUGACGGUAUUGUGGACAUGCACAAUAUCCGAUCCCACAAGGAACAUGCUUCAGCUAACGGGUUAAGGACGGACCUGGUUGUUUUUAGUAAAGCUAGGCAUUGCGGGCUCAUUGUGGAGGACGAAUCGCGUUAUUGGAACAGUAUUGUAUCUCGCUGGGAGGAGGGAGCUGUAGACCCCGAGAAGUAA